AUGAGAGAACACUGUCCCAGUGGGUCCGAUGUAUGUGGUCCUUGUAUUCAGGGACUAACAGAAUCCAGCGAUGGAAAAUGCCUGACAACGUCUCCAAAAGGCAAGUAAAUUCCAUCGCUCAGUGUCUGCACUUGCAUUGGGUGUUUGUUCUGUCCCUGUACGGGAUGCGUUGGACUCAUGGUGUACUAUUUUUAUUUGUAACUAGUAGCAUGCCUGGAUAGGUAUGGAUUUGGGGAUUGGUAUUCCUCUAAUUGCUCCCUUCUCUCAAACACCACUCCAACCCUCUGGUACAUUCAAAUCACUUGAUUCCCUUACUCCCCUUUGCAUAUUUGUCCCUCAUCCCUUUGGGUUGUAAGCUUGUUUGGGCAGCACCGUCUUCUCCUACUGUGUGAAACAUGAUUUGUUAGAAGGAAAUGUUUGUCUGGUUUACUAUUGUACUGCGCUGUAGAAUAUGUUGACGCUAUAUGACGCUAUAUGAAUAUUUAUAUAUUAAUCUACAAUACAGCUGAUCUUUAUCGGCUCCCCAGGCAGUCUGGUUAAGCGUCACUUUAAAACAUUUCCAAUAUCAAGAGUCCGAGAAAGUUUACUGAAAAGAAAGUCCACAUUCUGUGUUUUUACUCAAAUCCUGUGUUUAAUUCAUCAUGUUUGAAUAGCUUACCUACUAAACAAGGUCUUUUAUAAACACCAUUAUUAACAAAUAAACAGAAAUUCUAUAGACCUUCAUAUAGACACCAGCAGUCCUUGGCCCCUCUGAUUAGAUUUAUAUGAUGUUUUAUUGGCUCCUGUGGGGAUAUUGUAAUAUACAGAGAAUGUCUCGCAAAUUAUUACUAGACAUUAUCUCCAUGGUAACCAGCAGAUGCUAUAGAAACCUUAAUCAAAGUGAAAUUCUUUAUACAGAAGUGCACUUCAUUCCCUUUGACAAUGCAUGUUCCUAGUCUGCGGCUCUAAUUCAAGGCUUACAAUGUCAGCGCAGCUAGCCAGGCUUUAAAAAGUUACUAGCCACUGCAAGCCUGGAUGGCCCAUACGCACUUACCAGGGGUGAAUUUCUACUGGCUGGUAGCAAAUUGGAUUGUUGGACCUUGGGUAUAUUAUUAGAGUUUGUCAAAUGGCUCAAUAACUGAAAGUUGGCACUCUCGGCAUCACUCCUGGUACCAUAACCACUAUGUAGGUUAUUAGUAGGGAGUAAUAGUCUAAAGAAAGGCACGCACAUGUUUCGUAAGCAUUGAAUGGAAAUAAUUGGCAAUUGUUCGAUGUCUGUCUGAUUCCGUGCAAUGUGCUGUGGAAGGCCUUCAGCAAUCUAUUAAAGGGUCAACCAAUCGUUGCUUUUCUGCUGUUCAUGUCACGUGUCCCCUGUUCUUGGUCCACGUGGAGAAAUGGCAUGACAUUAUAUCUGUUUUGUGCUGCAGCGUAUGAGUCAUCCGCUCUGCGUGUUGGGAUAAAAAGAGAUCAACUGCACACAGACUGCCUGGCUUAUUCCAUGAAGCAGAAAGCAGGUACAGCGCAAGUAGAUUGUCAGUAAAUAUGGCAGAGCGUCUCUUCAUUCCCAGAAUGCUAACUCGCACAUCCUGUGUUCCGAGUGAGCAUCGCAGAAUGUCUGUUAAAUAACGAAACUGCAAUACUUUAUUAAACAAAGUGUUCUGAAAAGGGGUUGUCAAACUCCAUCAUUCUUUUCAUCGUAUUCAUUAAAAUCAUCUAAAAAAGUGAUGGUUUUCUUUGUAGUAAUUUGCAGCAGUUGUCAAAAUUUAGAGUGCUUGAAAGAAAUUCAGCCACUUUCUGUCAGAAUAAGCGGUGGAUAUAAUCAUAUAUUCCUUGUGCUGCUUAAAAAAACGGCACAUGUUCAGUAAUGAUGGUUAGGGAGCAAUUAAAGGAACAGAUACAAACUAAUCUGGCAGAUUUAUUGUGCUACAAAUUCAUGAAAAGUUUACCAAGUGUCAGUGAUACUUUGAUAAACAUCCUGUUACCGAUAUCUUACAUUUAAAUGUUACGUUUUAUAGUCAAUGCAGAUUUAGUUAUUUUGUGGAUAGUUAUUUAUAUAAUUCAUCCCAUUGGUACAGUAUGGUAUAUUGUCACUGCUCAGAGGGCAUGUAGAGAACAUUGAGAAAUUCCCUGCGAGAAGGUCACAUGGUUUUACCUGAGCGUCUCCUUUCUCUUGGGCUUUACCUGAGCUUCUCUGUCUGUCUGAGGUCAGUGUAGAGUGUCAAUGACAGAUCUCGAGUUUGUAGUAUUUAAUGUGGAGGAGGUAACUUUAAACACUGUGUUAGCUAGAUGGCAGAUAAGGCCAUCUACAGUCUGCCUCUCCCGCUGUAUGAUGCUCAUCUAAUGCCCACACAGUCUGCCUCUCCCCACUGUAUGCUGCCCAUCUAAUGCCCACACACUCUGCCUCUCCCCUCUGUAUGGUGCCCAUCUAAUGCCCACACAGUCUGCCUCUCCCCCACUGUAUGCUGCCCAUCUAAUGCCCACACAGUCUGCCUCUCCCCCACUGUAUGCUGCCCAUCUAAUGCCCACACACUCUGCCUCUCCCCUCUGUAUGGUGCCCAUCUAAUGCCCACACAGUCUGCCUCUCCCCCCUGUAUGCUGCCAAUCUAUUACCCACACAGUCUGCCUCUCCCCCCUGUAUGCUGCCCAUCUAAUGCCCACACACUCUGCCUCUCCCCUCUGGUGCCCAUCUAAUGCCUCUCUUUGUGCUGCCAAUCUAUUACCCCGCAGUCUGCCUCUCCCCUGUAAUGCGCCCAUCAUGCCCACGUGCCGCUCUCCCUGUAUACUGCUUAUCUUACCCACACAGUCUGCCUCUCCCCUCCUGUAUGCUGUCCAUCAUGCCCACCUGAUCUGCCUCUCCCACUGCGUACGUCCUUGCACGGUCACCUCACUUCGCCGCUGUCUGUGCACGGUGCUGUUACUCCUCCUGCGUGCCUUCUGUUGCACAGUCUGCCAUGUUGCAGUGCCUCCUCCUCUGCGCAUCAGUACACGCACGUUCCUUCCUGUAUCAGCGCGGUCAUCCUCCUGCAUAUGCUGCCAUCUAUUACCCACACAGUCUGCCUCUCCCUGUAUGCUGCUGCCAUCUAAUGCCCACUGAUCUCAGCCCUCCUCCUCCCUGUAUGCUGCCCAUCUAUUACACAGUCUGCCUCUCCCCUUCUGUAUGCUGCCCAUCUAAUGCCCACCUAGUCUGCCUCUCCCAGCAUGCUGCCCAUCUAAUGCCCACACAGUCUGCCUCUCUCCCCUCCUGUAUGCUGCCCAUCAUGCCCACCUGAUUUCACCUCCCUCCUGUAUGCACCCAUCUAAUGCCCACAGUCUGCCUCUCCCCUCCUGUAUACUGCCAUCUAAUGCCCACAGUCUGCCUCUCCCCACUGUAGCGCGCAUCUAUUACCCACACCGUCUGCCUCUCCCCUCCUGUAAUGCUGCCCAUCUAUUACCCCCACACCGUCUGCCUCUCCCCCCUGUAUGCUGCCCAUCUAUUACCCACACAGUCUGUCCCUCCCCUCCUGUAUGCUGCCCAUCUAAUGCCCACACAGUCUGCCUCUCCCCACUGUAUGCUGCCCAUCUAUUACCCACACAGUCUGCAUUUACCCCCUGUAUGCUGCCCAUCUAAGGCCCACACAGUCUGCCUCUCCCCCCUGUAUGCUGCCCAUCUAAUGCCCACACAGUCUGCCUCUCCCCUCCUGAAUGCUACCCAUCUAUUGCCCACACAGUCUGCAUGGGCUACCACCUCAUGGCUGGUCGGUCAAAACUUUUUUCGAACCUAACUCACGUUCUACCGAACCGAUCUGAGUGCUUUUUGGAUAUGUUUUCGUGAUAUGAAAAAAUUGUAUGCAAAUUUUCCUAUUUGAGAGAUGAUUGAGUUAUCUUAAUUUGAGCUCCAUUAUCUCUUAAACACAAUGGCUUGUGGGAAGUAAACCCCUGUGAUUUUGUCUUAGAAACCCGAUGCUAGGGGCACUGUAUAAAAAGCCAGGUGUGGCCUACUACUACUAAGCUCAGGUGUGGCCUACUACUACUAAGCUCAGGUGUGGCCUACUACAACUAAGCUCAGGUGUGGCCCACUAGUACCAAGAUCAGAUUGCUGCUUUUACCCAAUACGACUGGUUGCGUCCAUUAUAUUGGGGAAACUCUACACAACGAUAGUAUUAUCACCAUAUUCCGCACAUCUGGAAUUAGGACUAGUGGAGGAUUGAAGGAAUAACUGCAACAGACUAGCGAACCUGUGACAAUAUGUAUAAAGUAGAUUUUUUAUUCUGGUGAAGCCAUGAUAUGGAAUACAUCCUCCUAUGACGCUGAUUUGCCCUCUCUACCUGCAAGAUAAUCUAUUGGCCAUCAAAAAUAACACUCUGCUACAAUUUAAAGUAGUAAGUGUACAGCUUGUAUAACAGUGUAAAUUUGCUGUCCCCUCAAAGUAACCCCAUACACAGCCAUUAAUGUCUAAACCGUUGGCAACAAAAGUGAGUACACCACUAAGUGGAAAUGUCCAAAUUUGGCCCAAUUAGCCAUUUCCCCUCCCCGGUGUCAUGUGACUCCUUAGUGUUACGAGGUCUCAGGUAUGAAUAGGGAGGUGUGUUAAAUUUGGUGUUAUCGCUCUCACACUCUCUAAUACUGGCCACUGGAAGUUCAACAUGGUACCUCAUGGCAAAGAACUCUCUGAGGAUCUGAAUAAAAGAAUUGUUGCUCUACAUAAAGAUGGCCUAGGCUAUUAGAAGAAUGCGAAGAGCCUGAAACUGAGCUGCAGCUAUGGUCGACCAAAGAAGUUGAGUGCACAUGCUCAGCGUCAUAUCCAGAGGUUGUCUUUCUGAAAUAGACGUAUGAGUGCUGCCAGCAUUGCUGCAGAGGUUGAAGGGGUGGGGGGGUCAGCCUGUUAGUGCUCAGACCAUACGCUGCACACUGCAUCAAAUUGGUCUGCAUGGCUGUCAUCCCAGAAGAAAUCCUCUUCUAAAGAUGAUGCACAAGAACGCUUGCAAUUAGUUUGCUGAAGACAAACAGACCAAGGACAUGGAUUACUGGAACCAUGUUCUGUGGCCCGAUGAGACCAAGGUUCAGAUGGUGUCAAGCGUGUGAGGCGGCAACCAGGUGAAGAUUACAAAGACAAGUGUGUCUUGCCUACAGUCAAGCAUGGUGGUGGGAGUGUCAUGGUCUGGGCCUGCAUGAGUGCUGCUGGCACUGGGGAGCUACAGUUCAUUAAGGGAACCAUGAAUGCCAACAUGUACUGUGACAUACUGAAGCAGAGCAUGAUCCCCUUCCUUCAGAGACUGGGCAGCAAGGCAGUAUUCCAACAUGAUAACGACCCCAAACACACCUCCAAGACGACUACUGCCUUGCUAAAUAAGCUGAAGGUAAAGAUGAUGGACUGGCCAUGCAUGUCUCCAGACCUAAACCCUAUUGAGCAUCUGUGGGGCAUUCUCAAACAGAAGGUGUGGGAGCGCAAGGUCUCUCAACAUCUCUGUGAUGUCAUCAUGGAGGAGUGGAAGAGGACUCCAGUGGCAACCUGUGAAGCUCUGGUGAACUCCAUGCCCAUGAGGGUUAAGGCAGCGCUGAAAAAUAAUGGUGGCCACACAAAAUAUUGACACUUUGGGCCCAAUUUGGACAUUUACACUUAGGGGUGUACUCACUUUUGUUGCAAACAUUCGGCCCAUCUAGUCUGCCCAAUUUUCUAAAUACUUUCAUUAGUCCCUGGCCUUAUCUUAUAGUUAGGAUAGCCUUAUGCCUAUCCCACGCAUGCUUAAACUCUUUUACUUUUAACCUCUACCACUUCAGCUGGAAGGCCAUUCCAUGCAUCCAUUACCCUCUCAGUAAAGUAAUACUUCCUGAUAUUAUUUUUAAACCUUUGCCCUUCUAAGACUAUGUACUCUUUUUGCGGUAGUUUUUCUUCUUUUAAAUAUAGUCUCCUCCUUUACUGUGUCGAUUCCCUUUAUGUAUUUAAAUGUUUCUAUCAUAUCCCCCCUGUCUCGUCUUUCCUCCAAGCUAUACAUGUUAAGUUUCUUUAACCUUUCCUGGUAAGUUUUAUCCUGCAAUCCAUGAACCAGUUUAGUAGCCCUUCUCUGAACUAUCUCCCAAGUAUCCUUCUAGAGAUUCGGUCCCAGUACUGCGUACAAUACUCCAAGUGAGGUCUCACCAGUGUUCUUUACAAUGGCAUGAGCACUUCCCUCUUUCUACUGCUAAUACCUCUCCCUAUACAACCAAGCAUUCUGCUAGCAUUUCCUGCUACUCUAUUACAUUGUCUGCCUACCUUUAAGUCAUCAGAAAUAAUCACCCUAAAUCCCUUUCCUCAGAUGUUGAGGUUAGGACUCUAUCAAAUAUUCUGUACUCUGCCCUUGGGUUUUUACGUCCAAGAUGCAUUAUCUUGCACUUAUCCACAUUAAAUGUCAGUUACCACAAUUCUGACCAUUUUUCUAGUUUACCUAAAUCAUUUGUCAUUUGGCUUAUCCCUCCUGGAACAUCAACCCUGUUACAUAUCUUAGUAUCAUCAGCAAAAGACAUACCUUACCAUCAAGACCUUCUGCAAUAUCACUAAUAAAAAUAUUAAAGAGAAUGGGUCCAAGUACAGAUCCCUGAGGUACCCCACUGAUGCUUCAAAUAUACUCCAUUAACUACAACCCUCUGUUGCCUGUCACUCAGCCACUGCCUUACUUAUAGAUUGCAGUUUAUUGAUUCACAUGAAAAAAAUAUAAUAAAAUGUGAGGGGUGUGAGAUACUGUAUAUGGUAGCUGGGAAUGGAAGAUCCAGAAAGACUUUUACUUUGUUAUUGUGUUUGGAAGAUGGUGUGAGCCCGUGGUGUGUGUAAUGAAGUUGCCGUUAUGGUUGGCACUCCGUAAUUUGAGGUUUCCAUGCAGAAUCUCCGAAAUCAGAAUGUUAUAUUCCUCACAAAAGGCAGACGUUGCUCUAUCUGCGUGAAUAAUCUGAUUGUCCGCUACCUUCAGAGCCACCUGCAUUAUUUCUCUGUCUCUUUAGAGGAUAUUACUUUUUUGUUUAAUAAAAUAAUUAUUUCUUUUGUAAAUUUAAAGCGUCGGUUAUCAUAUAAAUAAAGCAUGCUGUGACGGACGAGAGAAAACUCCCUAAUAUUGAUAAAUCUUGGCCCAUUUAAUCGUCCUCCAGUUGGAUACCUGAAAAGACCAUAUAUUUUAUUUGUGUCAUAUUUUGUAUUCAGCUUCCUUAUAAGAGGGUCUUUACUACAGAUUAAUUAAAAUAAUAACAAUAUAUUGAGAUUGAAUUGGACUACAAGCCCCAUCAUGUUUUCUCAUGGACGGUGGCUCUCUCUGUGUUCUUCAACAUUAAUGUAAAAUUCCUAUCCUGCGAGAGGGAAAUAACUCAGUCCAUUCAUUAUUCAAGGUAGUUCCUUUAAGACUCUUAAAGGAUUGCAUAAUGGAUUUCCAGAUAUAUGCAGCAUAUGAAUCCUAUUUACAAGGGGGCAUCAACAUGAAGAAAUUAUACACAUCCAGGAUCUGGAUUUUAUCGCUAAAUUGUGAGGUUUCACAUUUUUCUAAUUGACUUAGAGAAAUGGGAGCUGCAGAGGCCCUGUGCCAAAAUUGUAUUACAAUGGUAUCUCAUCCCUCCUAAUUUUUCGAAUUCGCUUUUCUCCUAACACCCCUCUAAACAUAUCCCAUGAUGGGAUUAAUGGGAUCGAGGCGACAUAUAAUUAAUGAGCUUGUGACUUGCUAACUUGCAGAUAAAUCUGCUUGCCCUAAAGGCUCACAACCCGCUCACAGAAAAGGAGAGCAAUUUGCAAAAAAAGCAAGCAACACACGUACUGCUGUCUUUGUUAGUGGCAGUGCGUUAUGGACCGCUUUAACAAUUUCUACAGCUUGGAAACACAACAGUCAAAUUAAAAAUUAAUGUGGCAUUAUUUUUGUUAGUUGAAUGGUUUUCUAUGGGAAGAACGUUUUGUGCCUUUUUUAGAGCAGAGAGAUAUAUCCUUUUCUGAUCUCUGAUCAAAGCAGAUGGGACUUGAUAAUAGCCCACAUAAAUAUUUUAAAACAAGUACUGCAAGGCAUUCUGGGUAGUCAUCUGUGCUAUACAUAAGUGCUUGUAAGAGCUUUCAAUGACGGACUGCUUCAUUGUUCCAACUUAUAUCUCCAUAGAUCUUCUGAUUGCUGUACGUACGGUGUUUAAAGUUAAUUAAUUUAUUUCAAAUUCCGUCAGUGAUAUGGAGCGUGUAGUUUAGGAUGGCGAUUAUAGGACACUUCUGGUGACUUUUUAUUACUUUACUGACUUCCUCCCGGGGAACAAAAUGUCAGCUGUUUACAGACGAGAUUUUAUCUUUUACAUGUAUCCAGCCGAGAGAUGUAUUUUUAUAACAGAGCUCCACAGCAAUAAUACUCCCAGUGAUGUUUCUGAGUGUGUAUCAAAGCUCCACAGCAAUAAUACUCCCAGUAAUGUCUGUGUGUAUAACAGAGCUCCACAGCAAUAAUACUCCCAGUGAUGUUUCUGAGUGUAUAACAGAGCUUCACAGUAAUAAUACUCCCAGUAAUGUGUCUGAGUGUAUAACAGAGCUCCACAGCAAUAAUACUCCCAGUAAUGUGUCUGAGUGUAUAACAGAGCUCCAAGGAAUAAUACUCCCAGUAAUGUGUCUGAGUGUAUAACAGAGCUCCACAGCAAUAAUACUCCCAGUAAUGUGUGAGUGUAUAACAGAGCUCCACAGCAAUAAUACUCCCAGUAAUGUGUGAGUGUAUAACAGAGCUCCACAGCAAUAAUACUCCCCGUAAUGUGUGAGUGUAUAACAGAACCCCACAGCAAUAAAACUCCCAGUAAUGUGUCUGAGUGUAUAACAGAGCUCCACAGCAAUAAUACUCCCAGUAAUGUGUCUGAGUGUAUAACAGAGCUCCACAGCAAUAAUACUCCCAGUAAUGUCUCUGAGUGUAUAACAGAGCUCAACAGUAAUAAUACUCCCAGUAAUGUGUGUGAGUGUAUAACAGAGCUCCACAGCAAUAAUACUCCCAGUAAUGUGUCUGAGUGUAUAACAGAUCUCCACAGCAAUAAUACUCCCAGUAAUGUGUCUGAGUGUAUAACAGAUCUCCACAGCAAUAAUACUCCCAGUAAUGUGUCUGAGUGUAUAACAGAGCUCCACAGCAAUAAUACUCCCAGUAAUGUGUGAGUGUAUAACAGAGCUCCCACAGCAAUAAUACUCCCAGUAAUGUGUCUGAGUGUAUAACAGAGCUCCACAGCAAUAAUACUCCCAGUAAUGUGUCUGAGUGUAUAACAGAGCUCCACAGAAAUAAUACUCCCAGUAAUGUGUGAGUGUAUAACAGAGCUCCACAGCAAUAAUACUCCCAGUAAUGUGUCUGAGUGUAUAACAGAGCUCCACAGCAAUAAUACUCCCAGUAAUGUGUGUGUGAGUGUAUAACAGAGCUCCACAGCAAUAAUACUCCCAGUAAUGUGUCUGAGUGUAUAACAGAGCUCCACAGCAAUAAUACUCCCAGUAAUGUGUCUGAGUGUAUAACAGAGCUCCACAGCAAUAAUACUCCCAGUAAUGUGUCUGAGUGUAUAACAGAGCCCCACAGCAAUAAUACUCCCAGUAAUGUGUCUGAGUGUAUAACAGAGCUCCACAGCAAUAAUACUCCCAGUAAUGUGUCUGAGUGUAUAACAGAGCUCCACAGCAAUAAUACUCCCAGUAAUGUGUCUGAGUGUAUAACAGAGCUCCACAGCAAUAAUACUCCCAGUAAUGUGUCUGAGUGUAUAACAGAGCUCCACAGCAAUAAUACUCCCAGUAAUGUGUCUGAGUGUAUAACAGAGCUCCACAGCAAUAAUACUCCCAGUAAUGUGUCUGAGUGUAUAACAGAGCUCCACAGCAAUAAUACUCCCAGUAAUGUGUCUGAGUGUAUAACAGAGCUCCACAGCAAUAAUACUCCCAGUAAUGUGUCUGAGUGUAUAACAGAGCUCCACAGCAAUAAUACUCCCAGUAAUGUGUCUGAGUGCAUAACAGAGCUCCACAGCAAUAAUACUCCCAGUAAUGUGUCUGAGUGUAUAACAGAGCUCCACAGCAAUAAUACUCCCAGUAAUGUGUCUUAAAACUACAAUAAUUGCGUUUAGAAAUCAGUCUGUGUAAAGAUACAUUGUUCUUGUUCUAAAUUACAUUUUAGUUGCAGAAAUUGUUUUUAAUCACCUAAAAUGUCUCAGGACCGCCCCUCUCCUGGCCAUACCCCCACUCAUUCCCCUAAAAUUAAAGUGUCCCCCUUUGUCCAUGCCCAGUGUUGGAUAAUAGGAAUUCUGAGUAGAAUAACCCAGUUGGAACUAUAACCAAGUUAAACAUUUUUCCCAAAUCCGAUGUCACUGGCCGGGUCUUGCCAAUUGAUUUCAUUUCCGUUUUGGCGAAUACUCCAAAUGAUGUAUUUUGAAGAGAAAAGCUGGUUACAUUGGGAUCUCGCUCCUUCUGCCUACACUGACUGAGUCCCGGAAUAGCAUGGUGUUAAAACUGUUAUUGAUGUGUAUUUUUUAAAGAACAUUUUCCUUGCGGCUGAGUUAGUAAUUCAUAUCCCCUCUGGCUCUCAUCAAUAAAUCUCUUUUCAGUUGUAGUUUACAUUGUGUUCUAAUAUCCCACCUGUCAAUGUUGCUAAUAUAUCUCAUUAUCGAUCGUUACCCGCUUUCCUAUACAAUAAAUAAAUCAAUUUAUAUCACAUAUCAAACAUUGAGAACACACAAACCUUUCGAUUCUCUGUUUAGUCCCAGUAUUUAAUUUAAUAUGACUGAAUUGGACAAUUAUCCAGAACUUUAAAUGUAACCACUCUGAAAUGAAAUGUGACGUCUUGGCUGCAAUGAUGACAACAUUGCCUGUUUUUAAUAAAUAAUAAUAAAUGGUAGUAUAAUAAUAUCAGGGUAUUAUGUAAAUAUAUUAGAAGGUUACUCCAAGUACAAUGACCACUUAAUUGAUUUGUAGUGGUCAUGGUUCCUGGACUCUGUAUGCAUACUGGUGCCAAAUAGCCAAUGGUGGCACAAAGCACCUCCCCCCCCCCCCGUGCUGGCCAUGUCCUCCCUUCAGCGUGCCCUCCCUGACCUCCUCUAAUUUUACACUAACCAAAACCAUUAUAUUAUGAAAACACUAGUUUUUGGUUGGAGCAAUGAUUUAAUACUGGAAGGGGAUCAUUUAACAUUCAUUAGAUUCCAUUAACAUCCUGGAUGUAUUCUGUUAGUAUUACCCAACUCACUGGUAUUCGUUUCAUUGACUUUGGACGGUGAAAGGACUUGAUGACCAUUAUUGGAUUGAACCAAUGUCUGUAAGGUAAUGAAGUUGAAACCACAAUCACUGAACUAUCCCGAAGGCUGUGUUAGUUACUUGAUGACUGUGUGCCAGCCACUUCACACUCUCUUCAUUAACUGUGUCCAGAUGAUUUGAGUGUCUAAUGAGCCCAGAUAGAGUGGGCGUUCAGUUUGGCGUUCUCGCUGUAGGAUCUCCCACGACCUUCUUUAAACAUUCCCAUGAUGAAUUGAGGGAACCCACACUCACGCUGUCAAAAGCAAGUUCAGUUGGCAAACUUUCCAACGCUAAAAAAUGUAAAAAGUAAAAAAUCCAAGAACCCUGUGUCUUUGGAGAGUUACAUCACAACAUAUCUCUCUGUAUGUCCAGAAUACUGUGCAGAGCUCAGGGUGUAAUAUCCCAAAUCAAGCUCAUUACACAGAAUCUGCAUAGAUCGUUAAUUGUCUUGGGAACCUGGGAAACAUACCAGAACAGCGGGUUAGUGGUACAGAGAGCCAGGAUUUGGGAAUCCAUUAUUCUGGAAGCCACUCAAAGCUUUGGAUAAUGAUCCUGCAUUUGGAGCUGUAUCAUUAUUUCCUGCGCUACAGCCUAUGUUGGAGAACGUAUUCCAGAGAAAUAAUAUUUAUUUUAUCCUUUUAUUUCAAUGCUGUAUUUUUACUGAUGAAAAUACGGACAGAUAUCUCACACUGCUGAUACUUACGGUUGUCUGUGCUCUAGUAGGUUAAAUCGAUUGCUUUAUUAUUAUUUUAAAUUAACUACAACUCCCAUGAUGCUUAGUUAUACAUUUACAACAUCUAGAAUCUAUCUUUUCUUCACUCCUGCUUUAGAGAAAGGCUCUUUAAUAAACAAAAACCAAAACCAUAUUGCUGAAAUAUACCAUAAAGAUGCAAGGAUGGGGUUGGCAAACCUUUUGAUUAAAGGGAAUAUUUUGUAUUAUUUUGGUGACAUGGAGUUAAUGCUUUGCAGUGCAGGUGAAUCAGAUUUAAAAUAUACUUACACAUUAUGUGUUUGAAGUGUAUUUGUCAAGAUAUGGCUCCAACAUUUUCUGCAGCGCUGUACAAUAAUGUAUCUUUGUAACAAAUUGUAAUGAUUAAAGACAGCACAAUAAAGCACAGAUUACAACAAAAGCUAUAGAGAUGCCUGUGGUCAGCCUGAAAUCUAGCAUGCAUUACAAUUGUACACACAGGGGUAUUUCAAAUUCUAUCUGAAUGACAAGACUGAGGCUAACACAGCUAAGCUGUGAGUAUAGUUGAGUAUAGCUUCCAAAUUUUCUGAUAGCCUCAGUUUUGCUGUUGAGAUUUAAUUUGCUAAAUGACCCUGACUGGGUGCACUGACCCAUGAGCUUACAAUCUAAACAAUGAUUCGUGGAUUUGUUAUGACUGAUGCGUUCCUUAUGCAGAUCUCCUCUUUAGAAUUGGCUAUAUUGCCCGGCCAGCCUCCUGAUUCUUUAUUUAUAAGCCUCCAGCAUUUUGGCUGCUGUUUAUAACAGAGAAGCUAUAAAGCAAUCAUUGACAAGAUUAUAUUAAUGGGGAUGAGUGUUCUUAACCCUUUGUGUGCAAGACUGGUGAGAAAUGCCAAGUCUGCGAUCCUAAAGUGUUAAAUUGUUUCCUCUACCCUCUGCACUCUGCUAAAAAAUGCAAACUUAAUGAAAGAUCUCCGUCAGAACUCGCCGUUAAAGGACGAUGCACGUUUUGUUCUCCUCCAUGAGAUGCUCCCCUACCUGGCUGUCCUUUAAUUGGCUGCUGCCGGGUUGCAGUGCGUGGGGAGAGGAAUCCCUUCAGCCCACACACACAGCUCUGUGCUCAGAGCGAGAAGGUCUGUGCUGCAGUGCUUCCGUGCCUUAUCCCUGUGACAACACUCGCAGCCUCUGCCUUAAGUUAUUCGCCAAUCUUCCACGUCCCUUCGAGACAAUGAAAACCAGCCUUAUUGCGUUUACAAAGUGUGUGUGCGUCUUGUGGUCGGUAGGAUUGGGUUAUCCUGUGCACUAUAAGGAACACGUCUACAGACACCACAAAGGUAAGGGACCUACCACUCGGGUGGACUUUGCAAACGCUACAGACCCUCUGGGUUUAAUUACACAUGUUAUUGAAUCUAAUUCAGAAUCCCGGAUGUAUACUCUUUACAGAGACUACGAUGGGAAUAUGGGUACUUGUUUAACCCCUUCAUGACAAUGAAAAUCAGGCUAGUCUGAUUACAGCUUAAUGCUCGUGGCUUGCUGUUCAAUGAAAUGGUUAAUGUCCAUAAAUUGUCUUGUUUUUUUAAGACGUGUUUUUCAUGCACAUUGGCUAUAUUGCUAUACCGGCUCAGUCGUCGUAUCAUUAUGCCUUUGUACCUCUCUCCUGCUGGUGUUCCGCUAUAUUCUUAAUCCACCAUUCUGAGGGGCUGGUAUUGUGACCCCCUGUUUCACCAUUUGAUUUUUCUCCUUUAACCCCUUAAGGACCAAACUUCUGGAAUAAAAGGGAAUCAUGACAUGUCACACAUGUCAUGUGUCCUUAAGGGGUUAAAGCCCUGUUGGACAUCAUGCUGGGCUCUCAAUCUGGUUGCUGAAAAGUCCAGUUUAAUUAGCUUGUAUAUAGCCCUGUUGUUGCUAAAUGAGUGGUAUGUUGGUGUAAUAAAGGGUUAAACAAUGCAAAGCGAGGCUGACAUUAUAUUAUACUGUAGCUUGAUGUAUUGAGAUGUUGGUUUGUGACUGUGAUUCUGUAAACGUACUUUAAUCAUCAACAUGUCUUGGGUACAUGGUGUCUAUGGGGUAGGCAACUUACCUAUGUUUAAAACCCAUCCGAAUGACAGCCAUAAAAAUAGCUCUAACAUUAAAAGAAGAAACUACAAAAGAAAAUUCAAAAAUGAAGAUUGUUUUGAAAAAAAUCCCAGAGCUUUAUGGCAUAUAAAGGGAGCUCUCAUUUAAAGGGCCACUGUGGGUACCAUAACAACUUCAUUGUAAUGGUGCGAGGAGGUCCAAGGCAUCAUCUUGCCUUUUUCACUCACUUUUCUCAAUGGGAGCUAGUUAUAGGCCGAGUGUCUCGGAUGAUGCUCUCAGCCUGUUAGUGGUGCCCGGUCUGAGGCUUCCUGUUUGAAGCCCCAAACAUUGAAAUGCAGGGCAGAGCGGUCGGAAGAUUGCAGACUUACGGGCUAAACAGUUAACGGUUUAACCCCUUCAGGUAUAAGAUCUUAUGGUGCCCAGAGUCGCCCUUUAAAACAAGCAAAAACAACAUUGUAAUUUGAUGGUUAAGCAUAGGUGGCGCUGUUGUAUUUUUGGAAUAAAAUCAUGACAUCACGUGUAUUAUGAAGGAUACAGUUUAUAUGAGAAAAGGGGAUUAAAACUGUUAAACUGGAAUUGUUACGCCUGAUUUUUGUGCUACUUGUUAAAGCUAGCUAAAAUUUAGCUUGUGUUUCAGUAUUUUAAUUUUUAAAUAUUAAUAAAUAAAAAAAUGUAAUGCACAUUGUACGUGGGCUGCCCUGAUCUAACCAGAGCAUAUCUUACAAAUGGAGUUACUUCCAUGGGGGCAAAAUCUAACACUUUGGGAUACAGUGUCAGUCUGAAUGUGGCUGCGCUCUGUCCUCUGAAGACGCCUGAGUGGGCAUCAGCAUGCCCGGAGCUUCACGGGCACCGGGUACUUUUUCCUAAAGUUAGAAUUCAUAUUGAAUUUGAAUUUCAAAUUUAUGGUAGCCAAACUGAAAACAACAUUUUGUUUCUAGCUUGGCUAAUCUUAUUUACAUUUUCAGAUUCAUUUGUAUUAGCCAACAGUUCUAUCUUUAGUAAAAAGGACAGUCACACGUUAAGCUUAAGAGAAAGACACAGAAUUGCUAUUGAUUUGGCUGUAAAUUAACUUCACGUUAAAGACAUUAGGUUCACGAUACAAAUUUAACUAUAGAUCACUUUAAUAUUAUUAAACAGUCUGUCCUGAAUGUGAUAUGUAAACAAUCGCCAAUAUUUAAUUUACAACGAAAUGCGUUAACAGUUGUCAAUGUGAAUGUGAGUCUAUCUGUAGUUUUUAUUUCUCUGUCUGAUAUACGUGUGGUGCUUAUUAAAUUUCCACUUAAAAAGGAGGAAAAAAUGGAAACAAAUAAAAAUGCUAUAUUUAAAGAGGGACUAUCUUGUACAUUUUUUUAACAUUCCAGACUUCACAAAUAGCUGUGGGUUUAUUUUCUAUGUGUGUGUCCUAUUUUUUGUUUUACCCUUGUUUAUUUUAAUUAUGGCUUCUAUCUUACACUAGACUGUCAAGGCACAGCGUGGCAUAGAAUGUAAAUCUCUUGGCAUCCCAUAUUGCUGAAACAUCAGAGACUCUAAUUUAUCUUUACAUUCUUUAAAAUCCUAUAUUAAAUGGAUCUAAACAAAAGAUGAAGAGAGGUUUCUAAACAUAUUUACUAUAUUUUUAUACUAGAGCAGCGUUUCCCAAUCGGUGUUAUGUGGAACUUUAGUUUCCGUGAGAACAAAACUGGGGUUUCAACGCAAUUUGCCCAUCGGGUGGCCCAAGCACUUAGAACCACCCGAUGGGUAUUGCUGAACAGGGACCCAGUCAGGUAUCGCUGCCGUUUAAGAGCACGACCGGGCUCCUGUAGUAUCGGAUGCUGGAAGAAAGUGACAAUUUUCAGAUAUGCCUUUUUCCUAAUAAUAAUAAUUUAUCUUAUUUAUAUGAAUGUAAUCAAUGGUAAAACAUAUAUUAUGCUUGAAAGUGUCUAAUUCGACCAAAAAAAAAAAAAAAAAAAAGAAUGGACCCAAAUACCAAUUGGAAACCGUCCAAUUUGCUACGAUGCUUUGUCAGCCAUAUGUCUUGCAAAGCAUCAUGGGAGUUGGAGCUCUAGGACAGAUAGGCAUCUAUAUUUUCGCAACUUUUACCUUGAGAGACACUCCAAUUUGUCAAGCUUAUAUUCCUUGGGGCUAUCCACUAAAAAGCGAAUUGGAGCGAGUUGAAAAAUCAAAGUGCUACAUUUUGAGCGAAAUAACCGCAUUGUAGAUUAUUGUAUUCUUUUAAUUGCCAUUUUUUACCUCAAUGUUUUUAAAAAAUUAUUAUUUUUUUUUUUAAAUUAAACGUCACUUAAGUUUGAUGUUUGUGUAAUAAACCCUGUGUGUUAUGUGCAUGAGCAAAUUUAAACUUCCAUUUAAUUUACAAUUUUUCUUUCUAAUUGUCUUUGCAGGGAAAAACACUAUUCCGAAUAUAGAAGCAGAAAUUGACUAUUUAGCUUCCAUGAUUGCAAACCAGGAUCCCAAUAAACUUCAGCUGGCUGAUGGAGGUACGUACUUGGCAAACACAGAACAGACUUAGGGUGUGAAGAUAAAAAUCUAAAGUUUAGUAUUUGAACCAGUCUUAUUAAAACUAUGUAAACGGUAAACCAAUCAAGUCUUAAUUAUUCUUGCAGUUAACACUACAAACUCACCGCCUCCCCCUGACGUAAUGCCAUCGGUAAAGGACAGAAGACAUCCCGGUGCCACAUUGGUCCCCGAAAAUAGGCGCAAAGCACCCCUGAAUGAUACCCUGCUGCUAGGUAUAUUGUUCUUACGUACAUUUGAGGUUUAAAUGUGUUGGUGGGGGGGAAAUGGGGGAGUUUGUCAAGUUUUAAAUGUGAAAAGCACAGCCUAUUUUGUCUGUUGGUUUAACUGUAAUAAUAUAAAUUUACUAUCAUUUGGUUAGAAGAAACGAAAAUCCCCAAAUCUGAUAUAAUGUAUAUUAUUAUUUUUUGUGUAUAUUUACUGAAAAUGUAAAAAAAAUAAAAUGUAACAGAAACUAAUAACUAAUAAUAAAUUUCUGAUUGUUAUCUCUGCAACUUGCCAGGUGUUGUCAUUGCGUGCGCUAUCUCUGGACUGAUGGCGUUGAUGGUGGCUGGAAUUUGCUGGUACAGGUAAUGCUAAACAAGACUCAUCUCCUAUAUUUUAACAUUGUAUUCCUUCUUGUGUUACUUUGCAAGGUCAGUGUUUCUUGUAAAUGGCAGCGAAACAACCGCUGCAUACAAACACUGUACACGUACCUUACACAUUGUCAUCGAAACCUGUGCACAUAAAUAAACUGUGUACACAGAUAAUGAAAUGAUCAAUAUAUAGGAAAAUAUGUAAAAUGUACACCAGUAUACAAGCACACACUAAGCAUAGCUCCCUUAUUACAACAGCAACAAAGUAGAUUGUAUAUCAAGUUACGCAAGUAAUUGUUUAUACACAUAUUUGAUAUGUGACACAUAACAUGCUGGAGGGACAGUGUCAGUACCAUCAUAGCAGUUCUUGGAUUUAUGAAAUAUGUAAUAUGUAUGUCUCCAGCGUAUCAAAUAUGGUGAUUGCUCUUAUCACACAGGAUGCGAAGGGAGAUGAAGCUGGCUGAGAAGACCGAUUACCCAGCGUUCAAAGCAUCGCCCCCUCCACCCUAUGAGAAGACUUCGGUAAGCCAGGGCCUGGUCUCACACCUGUUUCAGAGAUUUCGCUGGGACUGGGUGUCUGUCUGUAUGUUACACUAUCACUGGGCUGUUUGUCUCUGUCUGUAUGUUACAUUGUCACUGGGCUGGGUGUCUCUGUCUGUAUAGUAUAGUGUCACUGGACUGGGUGUCUCUGUCUGUAUUCUACACUGUCACUGGGCUGGAUGUCCGUCUAUAUGUUACACUGUCACUGGGCUGUUUGUCUCUGUCUGUAUGUUACACUGUCACUGGGCUGGGUGUCUAUGUAUGCUACACUGCCAUUGGGCUGGGUGUCUAUGUAUGCUACACAGUCACUGGGAUUGGUGUCUCUGUCUGUAUAUUAUACUGUCACUGGACUGGGUGUCUCUGUCUGUAUGUUACACUGUCACUGGGCUGGAUGUCCGUCUGUAUGUUGCACUGUCACUGGGCUUGGUGUCUCUGUCUGUAUAUUAUACUGUCACUGGGCUGGAUGUCUGUCUGUAUGUUACACUGUCAGUUGGCUGGGUGUCUCUGUAUAUUAUACUGUCACUGGGCUGGAUGUCUGUCUGUAUGUUACACUGUCAGUUGGCUGGGUGUCUCUGUAUGUUACACUGUCACUUGGCUGGGUGUCUCUGUCUGUAUGUUACACUGUCACUUGGCUGGGUGUCUCUGUCUGUAUGUUACACUGUCACUUGGCUGGGUGUCUCUGUCUGUAUGUUACACUGUCACUUGGCUGGGUGUCUCUGUAUGUUACACUGUCACUUGGCUGGGUGUCUCUGUCUGUAUGUUACAUUGUCACUUGGCUGGGUGUCUCUGUAUGUUACACUGUAAGUUGGCUGGGUGUCUCUGUAUGUUACACUGUCACCUGGCUGGGUGUCUCUGUCUGUAUGUUACACUGUCACCUGGCUGGGUGUCUCUGUCUGUAUGUUACACUGUCACUUGGCUGGGUGUCUCUGUCUGUAUGUUACACUGUCACUUGGCUGGGUGUCUCUGUCUGUAUGUUACAUUGUCACUGGGCUGGGUGUCUCUGUCUGUAUGUUACACUGUCACCUGGCUGGGUGUCUCUGUCUGUAUGUUACACUGUCACUUGGCUGGGUGUCUCUGUCUGUAUGUUACACUUUUACCUGGCAUGGGGUGAGUGUCUCUGUCUGUAUGUUACACGUUUACCUGGCAUGGGGUGAGUGUCUCUGUCUGUAUGUUACACUUUUACCUGGCAUGGGGUGAGUGUCUCUGUCUGUAUGUUACACGUUUACCUGGCAUGGGGUGAGUGUCUCUGUCUGUAUGUUACACUUUUACCUGGCAUGGGGUGAGUGUCUCUGUCUGUAUGUUACACUUUUACCUGGCAUGGGGUGAGUGUCUCUGUCUGUAUGAUACACUUUUACCUGGCAUGGGGUGAGUGUCUCUGUCUGUAUGUUACACUUUUACCUGGCAUGGGGUGAGUGUCUCUGUCUGUAUGUUACACGUUUACCUGGCAUGGGGUGAAUGUCUCUGUCUGUAUGUUACACGUUUACCUGGCAUGGGGUGAGUGUCUCUGUCUGUAUGUUAUACGUUUACCUGGCAUGGGGUGAGUGUCUAUGUCUGUAUGUUGCACUGUCACCUAGAAGGGGCUGAGUCUCUAUGUAUGCUAUACUGUCACCGGGCCGGUUGUCUAUAUUUGGAUACCAUAUGACACUGCAUCAUGUUAGUCACUUAUUAUUAUAUUAUUUAAAGCCGUAUGUGCCUUUCACAGUAAAAUCUUCUCCAAAAUCCAAGCCCUCGCUGUUCUCUCACCUUGCGCCCUCCAUAUUUUCUUUUCCCACUUUGCUGAACACAAUAAUGGUGGUAUCAAUUUUUAUUUAUACAAAUAUGUUUUUUUUCUAUGUUUUUUGUUUGUAGCCAGGAGAUAAGAAAUUAGCUCAAAAUGCUCAGAUGUAUCAUUACCAGCACCAGAAGCAACAAAUGUUAUCGAUGGAAAAGUAAGUACUGCAUCUAUUCUUGACAGUUAUAGUUUAAUUAUAAUAUAUUCUGUACUAUAGUCUGCUCUAUCCGUCCCUAUCCGGUAUAGUCUGCUCUAUCCGUCCCUAUCCGGUAUAGUCGGCUCUAUCCGUCCCUAUCCGGUAUAGUCGGCUCUAUCCGUCCCUAUCCGGUAUAGUCGGCUCUGUCCCUCCCUAUCCGGUAUAGUCGGCUCUGUCCCUCCCUAUCCGGUAUAGUCGGCUCUGUCCCUCCCUAUCCGGUAUAGUCGGCUCUAUCCCUCCCUAUCCGGUAUAGUCGGCUCUAUCCCUCCCUAUCGUCCCUAUCCGGUAUAGUCGGCUCUAUCCGUCCCUAUCCGGUAUAGUCGGCUCUAUCCGUCCCUAUCCGGUAUAGUCGGCUCUAUCCGUCCCUAUCCGGUAUAGUCGGCUCUAUCCGUCCCUAUCCGGUAUAGUCGGCUCUAUCCGUCCCUAUCCGGUAUAGUCGGCUCUAUCCGUCCCUAUCCGGUAUAGUCGGCUCUAUCCGUCCCUAUCCGGUAUAGUCGGCUCUAUCCGUCCCUAUCCGGUAUAGUCGGCUCUAUCCCUCCCUAUCCGGUAUAGUCGGCUCUAUCCCUCCCUAUCCGGUAUAGUCGGCUCUAUCCCUCCCUAUCCGGUAUAGUCGGCUCUAUCCCUCCCUAUCCGGUAUAGUCGGCUCUAUCCCUCCCUAUCCGGUAUAGUCGGCUCUAUCCCUCCCUAUCCGGUAUAGUCGGCUCUAUCCCUCCCUAUCCGGUAUAGUCGGCUCUAUCUGUCCCUAUAUGAAGUGUCCCCUAGAUGUUCCAUGUUAUCCAUUUCUACCAUUUUUCUUCCUUCCCCAACCCGUGCCAUCACCUGUGUCUAUACCUGAAUACAUCAGUGCCAGACUCUGUAUUCGCUGCAUUGAAUGACCGAUCCCUGCUUGCAGGGGUCUUAAUUGGCUUUGAUGUUUGCAGGCGAGGAAGUUCUUGGGAGUCAGUGAUUACCUGUCCCAUUAAAUUCUUUACAGCAAUUAGGGGAAUCUGGGGUGUUUGGUAGGAAAGCAGAUAAAACAUUUAAGUAUCUUUCUUUCCUUUUAAACCCAUAAAAUGAAAAUGUGUUUUAUUUGUGGUUUAAAGUUAACAGACGCUGACUUGCCUAGGAGACAUAAAUAAUAUUGUUUAUUCUAAACUAUUAGGAAUAAAGAUGAACCUAAACACACGGAUUCUGCUAUGACGUCGGAUGAAGAAAACGAAGAUGGUGAUUUCACAGUAUAUGAAUGUCCCGGUUUAGCCCCGGUUAGUAUUAUAGCUGCUGUCUGUGAUCACUGCCGCUAGAGCUGAGUGCAAGCUCAUAGGUUCAGAAUGAAUACUUCCCUUUGUUUCUGUUUUAAAGAGGGUUUGGGGUGAUUUAUCUGCUCCCUCCCCUGUCUAUUGAUGAUAUGCUUGUAAUAUAUACAUUGUACAUAAAACCUUGUUUUACUGCGUCCCUGAUGCACUAAAAUCAGGAUUCGUUCUAGGUAAGGAUGGGGUUAGUAGUGUUCUUUUAACAAUAAAUUAUUUCACGUUGGAAGUAUCAGAAUGGGCACAUGUUCUGUAAAUAUAAUUGCUUUCCAAGGUCACAAAAUCUCGUGCAUAGAUCACUUUAAGAUUUAUUCAUUAAAUGGAGAAUUAUUGUGAAUUUAAAGCCAUAUUGCUAAAUAAGACUAAAAUUGUAGUGAAGUUGUAGAAUUUUUCAAGCCUUUCUAUUUCAGACAACUUUUUCUAAUUUGACUUCAGUUGACUUGUUAGUGAAUAAUUCCUGUCAUUAUCUGAAUGAUAACUAUAGAGCUACAUAAAACCUUAUUUAUAUGUAAAAAAAAUCACACACACACCUUUCUCUCUCUCUCCUCCUCUUUCUCUCUCGCUCCUUAUCUCUCUCUCUCCCCUUCUCUCAUAUUGCACUGUAUAAACAGCAAUAUUAAAUGUCCGAUUAAACAUCUCACCGCUAUUUGUUUUCUUUUAAAAUCUGCAGACUGGAGAAAUGGAAGUGAAGAAUCCUCUGUUUGAUGACUCCUCGCACAGUCCCUCUCACAAAACUCCAUAG